UCAAGAUGGCGUCGAAAGUGGGUUCGAGACGGUGGAUGCUGCAGCUAAUCAUGCAGCUGGGUUCAGUGCUGCUCACACGCUGUCCCUUCUGGGGCUGCUUCAGCCAGCUCAUGCUGUACGCUGAGAGGGCGGAGGCGCGCCGGAAGCCUGACAUCCCUGUACCCUACCUGUACUUCGACAUGGGGGCUGCUGUGCUGUGCGCUAGCUUCAUGUCCUUCGGGGUGAAGCGGCGUUGGUUUGCACUCGGGGCUGCACUCCAGCUGGCCAUUAGCACCUAUGCCGCCUACAUUGGGGGCUACGUCCACUAUGGGGACUGGCUGAAGGUCCGAAUGUACUCACGCACGGUUGCCAUCAUCGGUGGCUUUCUCGUGCUGGCCAGUGGUGCUGGUGAGCUAUACCGCCAGAAACCACGCAGCCGCUCCCUGCAGUCCACCGGUCAGGUGUUCCUGGGCAUCUACCUCAUCUGUGUGGCCUACUCUCUGCAGCACAGCAAGGAGGACCGACUGGCGUAUCUGAAUCACCUACCAGGAGGAGAGCUGAUGAUCCAGCUGUUCUUCGUGCUUUAUGGCGUCCUGGCUCUGGCCUUCCUAUCAGGCUACUACGUGACCCUGGCUGCCCAGAUUCUGGCUGUUCUGCUGCCCCCAGUCAUGCUGCUCAUUGAUGGCAACGUUGCCUACUGGCAUAACACACGUCGAGUCGAGUUCUGGAACCAGAUGAAGCUUCUUGGAGAGAGUGUGGGCAUUUUUGGGGCUGCUGUCAUUCUGGCAACUGAUGGCUGA